AUGGAGCUAGAGGUUGGCCUGAAAUUCCUGACUAAGGAUGCAGCAAUGCUUGCUGUUAAGAACUACAACAUACGUCAAAGUGCGGAAUUCAAAGUAGUGGAGUCAGAUCAUACCAGGUAUGUUUGUCGGUGCAAACUUUUUGGUGACCAAUGUUCCUGGAUGGUGAGGGUUGCGAAGACGAGGGUGUCCAGAUUUUGGGAAGUUCGAAAAUACCAAGGGCCUCACACUUGUUUGGCGUCCGAGACUUCGCAAGAUCAUGCUCAACUGGAUUCAAAUGUUAUAUGCCAGCACAUAUUCCCCAUGGUUCAAGCAGACGCAACGAUUUGCAUAAAAGUGUUGCAGGGGUCCGUGGAGUCAGCAUACGGAUACAAGGUGUCUUACAAAAAGGUUUGGCUAGCGAAGCAAAAGGCAAUAGCAAGAAUCUAUAGAGACUGGGAUGAUUCUUAUAACCAGUUACAGAGAUACUUCAAUGCGUUGCAAACCUUUGUUCCAGGGACAAUUGUUGACCUACAAACCCGACCAUACUACGUGGGCAACACCCUCGAUCGUGAAAGCGUCAUGUUUCAUCAAGUACUUUGGUCAUUCCCAUCGUGUGUCGAGGCAUUCAAGCACUGCAAACCUCUAGUUUCGGUUGAUGGAACACACCUGUAUGGUAAGUACACGGGUACCUUGUUAAUGGGAAUAGCACAGGACGGAAACAAUAACAUUCUUCCCAUAGCUUUUGCGCUAAUGGAACGGGAGAACACAGAUGCAUGGUACUUCUUUCUGACCAACUUAAGAAGACAUAUGGCUACGCAACCAGAUGUUCUACUGAUCUCUGACAGGCAUGCGGCCAUAAAGGCUGCGCUGGAGUGA